AUUGAAGGAGAGAAGAAGACAUUCAGCACGGAUGGCAACAGCUAAUGCUAACUAGCAGUUGAGCUUUAAAAAAUGUUGCGUUCCUAAUUAUUUUGGUGUAUUUUUCUACUAGCAGGUCUCAGCUGGAUCUCACAGAUUUAUKUUCUGGUUCUGUGAAGGUAGCUGMAGACUCUCGGCCUGUGUUUAUAGAGACGUAAAGGGAGUAGUUUAUAUUUUUGUUUGUUUCUGUGUCUCAGCUGUCAGUUCACAUCAGUGCAGUUAUUUUGGGAAUCAGCAGCCAUGGCGGCUCCAAUAAAUGUCCAGACACCCAGUAAGACCUGGGAACUGAGUCUCUACGAGCUGCACAGGAGCCCGCAGGAGGCCAUCGUAGACGGGACUGAGGUGGCCGUGUCUCCUCGCUCUCUGCACAGUGAGCUGAUGUGUCCCAUCUGUCUGGACAUGCUGAAGAACACAAUGACCACCAAAGAGUGUCUGCACCGCUUUUGCUCCGACUGCAUCGUCACCGCGCUGCGAUCUGGGAACAAGGAGUGCCCCACCUGCAGGAAGAAGUUGGUCUCCAGACGUUCUCUGCGCAGGGAUUCAAACUUCGACGCCCUGAUCUCGAAGAUCUACCCGAGCCGCGACGAGUACGAGGCUCACCAGCGCAGCGUCCUGGAGCGCCUCAACAGGCUGCACAACAAGGAAGCACUGAGCUCCAGCAUCGAAGAGGGGCUCCGCCAGCAGGCCCGCUACAGGAACCACCGGGUAAAGAAACCCACUCUAGAAAGUGACAAUACCACCUUCAGCGGCGGCGAGGAUAACGGCGACUCGCGCUCGCACCUGUCCCACGACUCGGCCCCGUCAAACACACCCCACCCCAGCGGUCAGACCCCCCCGGAGGCCGGGCCGAGCCGCAAGCAACGGCGAGCCUCKGACGACGGCUCGGGGCCCGAGGCGGACAGCGGGAGCCCAACUCCCCCUCUGAGACGCAACAAGGAGAGGCCGGCCUCCGAGAUCGAGCUGGUGUUCAGACCCCACCCCCAGCUGGUCCAUCCUCAGGACUACAACCAGACCAGAUUCGUAAAGACAACAGCUAAUGCCACAGUGGACCACCUGUCAAAAUAUCUGGCGCUACGCAUCGCUCUAGAGGACAGACGGACGGACGGAGAGGCAGAGGACGGAGGACGAGAGGAGGAAGGAGGGGAAACUGGAGGAACGUCGAGGAGCGGAGAGGGGACGAGUCUGACUAACAUCAGUGAGAAACAAUACACCAUCUACAUCACAACGAGGGGAGGACAGUUCUCAACCCUCAACGGUUCUCUGACUCUGGAAUUAGUCAACGAGAAAUACUGGAAGGUCAGGAAGCCWUUGGAGCUCUACUACGCUCCCACCAAAGACCAGCAGCAGCCACAAGCAGCGCAGCAGCAGCAGAAGUCUUCCCAACAGGAAGGAUGAGGGGCAACAUCCAACCCACCUCAACUGUUCGUGCCCUCGUUCUCUCUGCUGCAGCAAGAUCAGCUUCUGUUUGCUAAUUAUAGCGCUUAAUUAAAACUGUUUGACUUUAUUUUUUUGUGUUUUGUUUGAAACGUGACAUUUGACCUGGAUUUAAAACAUUCAGUGGAAAAACAAACUCUGCAACAGUAGAUAGAAGGAAAGAAUACAGAAAGGUGGAAUGCUUUUUACGUAAAAAAAUAAUCUCCAAGAUUAUUUCAAGAUUUCUAUUUUAUUUCUUAAUGUUUCUUCUUAGUUUAACAUGCUUUCUCCUUUAAAUCAGCAUCACUGAUGACUAAUAGAUUUUUCUUUGUGUAUUUAAUUUUGGUUUGUGAUUAUAUCCCUUUCUAGAAAUGUUGUAUUUUACCAUACUAAUGAUGUAGAUUUCAUGUUUUGCUUUUCUGCCUCAAAUCUUCACUUUUUUUUUUUUUAAUCCAGCAAUUUAUAAAAUCAUACUUUUUGUUUAGAUCUUGCUGAAUCAAAUUGUAAAGGACGUUUCUGUUACGGGGAGCCGUGAUUGAAGCUCUGCAGUUCUCAGGUUUAUUUUGACAGCUUGUCACUACAUAAAUACACGCACAUUUAGAUCACCUAAUAUUUAUUUAAAUUUGCAGUUUUCAAAGCAGAUCUCUAAUCAACUAGAAUUAUUUUUUUCUGUAAAUAAGAGUAUUUCUUGAGAUUUCAUAUAUAUAGCUUUCUUAAUCUUUUCCCCUCACACUUCGUUUGUAGAUGAUGUCUUGUGCUCAUUUUUCUUGUAAUAGUUGGAAAUGUUCCAGGUUAAAUUAAUUGAGUCCCCCCCCCACACUGACAUACAUCAGGUUUAAUCAUUAUUUAAUUUGCAUGAAAACAUUUUCCUUUAAAAAUAAGCCAUAAGCCUUAUUAAAGGUUUAAUCAGAGUUGAGCUUCAGCUCUUAGCUUAUUCUGUUCUUUUGCACUUUAUAUUCCCUGCAGCCAUUUUUACCUACUUUCAGUAGAGAAUGUGUAUAAUGCAAUAUCAUUCUUUACAAAAAUGUACUCUUCUAUUAAUCCAAAAUAAACCAAAUUUUGAAAACACUUAA